AUGCCCAAAAAUAAAAAUAAUAACUUUAAAAACUUGCAUGGUUUCGCUCAUCUAUGUUUUCUUCCUUCUCAUGAUACCCAAAUAUGGGAAGAGAAUUUUGAAUAUAAUAAAGAUUCAAAGACUACUGACACAAAAUUAGAAAGUAAGUCGUCGCUGGAAACUUUAAUAACUAAUAACGAAACAACUAAUUCUACAAUUAAUUCAAAAGGAAUUAGUGAAAAAAAUAUUUUAUCAAAAAACGUAUCACCAAAAUAUUUUAUAGGACAUUUUGUAAAUAUUACAACUUAUAAAAAUUAUGGUAUUAAAGCUACUUUAUCACCUACUCCACCACCUCCAUCUCAUAACAUUCAUAAUUGUUUACUUGAACAUCCAAUUUAUUAUGAUCUCACAUUACAAGAUUAUAAUAUACCAAAUAAUAAUAAAUGGACAUUUAAAUGGGUAGGAUGGUGGAAUGGAGAUGCGGGAUGGAUGAGUUCGGAUCCAAAUUGUAAUGUUAAUGGAGAACAAUAUAUUUGGUUUCAUACCAAUCGAUUAAAAGCUGAUCAAGAAGCUCAAAAACAUAUUGAAAAAUUCUUUCCGAAAUUAUUAAAUGAGAUUGAUCAAGAUGAUUUGAAUAAUGCACUUAUUUGUUUAGGUGAAAUGAAAGUAGUUAUAGAAUGUGAAUGCGAUAUUCAAGAAACUGAUGAAGAAGAGGGAGGCGAAGAAGGAAUAUAUGAGGAGGUUAAUGAAGAAGAUAAUAAUGAAGAUAAUAAUUCAGAAUUUCUUGAUGAUGAUAAUUGA